AUGUUCACGUACAUCAGGCUGCGUAAGAACGCGCACAGAGGGAAGUCCGGGAACACGUAUUGCGUGCUGACUGCGCGACAUACUGCUGCAAGAAAAGGGGGGGCCUACACCCGUUGCACCCAUCCGGAGAAGCUUUCUUGCCGGAUACCGUUCCCAAGCGGAGGGAUACGGUUGCCACGUAUCGUGCAUUCUUCCUACACGGAUAAAGCUCGUCGUCUACGCUUCGCACGGCACCCACUGCACGCGGCCACAAAGACGCCCUCGCCCGUCUGCCAAGUGACGUGCGUUGCUCCUGGACGAAUAGAAGUAAUCGUCACCUGUCCCCACGACAACCGUUGCACCCGGCAACACAGUCUCUCGUGCUCGGUGACCACCUAA